UCCUGGAAUACGUUUUUUUCCAGUUUUAGGCCUGAUGUUUGUUUUUUGUUUCCUUACAUAUAAAUACUCCAAGCAGGAAAAUAUCCCAGCAUUCCUUGAGGCGCUAAUUACUACUGUGGAACAUGGAAACUUUCAAUAAGAAAUUUUGUGCAGCUGCAGUCUUCCUGGCUGCCUGGGUCUGUGUGGCAGAGGGGAGGACAACAUUUUCAGCCAACAUAUUAUCACCAGGUCGUUCCAGGCGAAUGGUUGGGGGAACACUGGCUCCUCAUGUCCCAUGGCAGGCCAUGGUUUAUCUCUCUGACGGUGUGGUGGAUGGAGGCUAUGCUGGGGGCGCACUGAUCUCCGACCGCUGGGUGCUGACGGCCGCCAGGAACCUCUUUGUGAGGAAAAGUCGACAGGACAUUCAGGGAAAAGAUCCCCUCAUCCCCAAAGUGUACCUGGGAAUCUCACAGAAGGCAGAGGUCGAUGCCUCCAAGGAUGUUGCCGUUGAAAAGGUGGUCAUCCACCCCGGCUUCCAGAAUCAGUCUGACUGGGACAAUGACCUGGCUCUUAUCAAACUCAAACACCCAGUGAUCAUGAGCAACAAGGUGACCCCCAUCCCUCUGCCAGAGAGGGGUCAGGAUGGGGACAGGGCCUCACAAGGGUCAGGGGUCAUAGCAGGCUGGGGCUGGGGGAUUUUCCUCACCCCUGCUGCAUCACUCAAACACCUAGUGCUCCCUCUGGCCAAUCACUCGGACUGUAAGGCAGAAUAUGAGCGCGAUCCUCUCACGCCGGCAGUGGAUGAGAACAUGUUCUGCACUGGAGCCACAGCGUUUCAGGAAAAUGUUUGCUUUGGUGACGCCGGAGGUGCUCUGGCUGUUCUGGACCCUCAAACCGGAGAUGCGUACGCUGCUGGAAUCCUGUCCUAUGACAAACCCUGCAACAGGCACAAGUACGCCGUCUACAUGAGGGUUUCCUCGUAUUUACCCUGGAUCCACAGUGUAAUCAGGGGAGACACGGACAAAUCGCCCGCUCUGCGCUCUGACACAAUGUCAACGAUGUACUCAAGGCAAUCGUAGAGCUCUGUACUCUCUGGAUGUUAGAGAUAAAGGAUUGUUUGUCGCAUUUUUGGUGCAGAUUGGUUCAGUUAAAUGUGGAAUUAAAAUCUUUGACUGGGAAA